AUGUCAUCUGCCGACUCAAAACAAGAGAAAGAGGUUGAGAAAACAGCCGCUCAAAAGAUAUCGAAGUUCGGCUCAUUCAUGGCUGGUGGGUUAGCAGCAUGUAUAGCGGUUACUGUUACCAAUCCAAUCGAGUUGAUCAAGAUCAGAAUGCAACUUCAAGGUGAAAUGUCCGCGUCAGCCGCGAAAGUUUACAAGAACCCCAUUCAAGGUAUGGCAGUAAUUUUCAAAAAUGAAGGUAUAAAAGGUCUACAAAAGGGUUUGAAUGCUGCUUAUAUCUAUCAAAUUGGGCUAAAUGGUUCCAGAUUGGGGUUUUAUGAACCAAUUAGAUCAUCUUUAAAUCAACUUUUCUUUCCAGGUCAAGAAUCACACAAGGUCCAAAGCGUCGGAGUUAACGUCUUUUCUGGUGCUGCAUCUGGUAUAAUUGGUGCAGUCGUUGGUUCUCCAUUAUUUUUGGUGAAAACGAGACUUCAAUCCUAUUCUGAGUUUAUAAAAAUUGGUGAACAAACCCACUACUCUGGUGUUUGGAAUGGGUUGGUGACCAUCUUCAAAACUGAGGGUGUUAAAGGGCUAUUUAGAGGUAUUGAUGCUGCCAUUCUUAGAACAGGUGCUGGUUCCUCUGUUCAACUACCAAUUUACAAUACUGCAAAGAGCAUUUUAGUCAAGAAUGAUCUGAUGAAGGAUGGUCCAGCUUUACAUUUAACUGCCAGUACUAUAUCUGGUUUAGGUGUUGCUGUAGUUAUGAACCCUUGGGAUGUCAUUUUGACAAGAAUUUAUAAUCAGAAGGGUGACUUAUACAAAGGACCUAUAGACUGUUUGGUCAAAACGGUUAAAAUCGAAGGUGUUACAGCUUUAUAUAAGGGUUUUGCAGCUCAAGUCUUUAGAAUUGCCCCUCACACAAUCAUGUGUUUGACCUUUAUGGAACAAACAAUGAAGCUAGUUUAUUCGAUAGAGUCGAGAGUUUUAGGCCAUAAUUGA